AUGAUGAACGCGACCACGCAAAGUAGAAGUAGCUGCCCGAUCUGGGAGUCUGGCUUUGGCUCCGUCUCUGGCUCCAGACUAUACGAUCUCGAGCCCUCGCAGCCGAGGGAGGAUCCAAGAUAUAGUAUCCGGGAACUUCUCGAGCUGCCUUGGGCUGGCGCCACCAACAUUCAGCGGCAGCUUGGGGCGGCGGCUGCAGAUCGGCUCCAAAUCGCACAGGUCCAGGUUGCAGCUCCACUCCAACCACAGGCAUCAAUAGCACCACCGACGACGAAAGCAGACGGAGAGGACCAAGACCAAGACGAGGACCCAGUAGAUCCAAGCACGUUAAUCGAGUCUUAUCGAUUUUGGCAUGCGCCUCCACCCCAAAAAAGGGGAGGAACCGAUCCCAUCAGCGGACUCGUAACUAAAUUGAAUCCAAUUGCAGACGAGUCGGGCCAAAUAACUGUGAGACAUAAUGAAUGA